AGGUGCCCGCCGACGCCUCGUGCUGCUGGGAGUGCAAGGUGAUCCAGUCCGAGGUCGCCGCGGUGUACAGCUGGCUGGAGGUCUUCGUGGACGACCGCGUGGCCUCCGCGAUGGCUGCCGCCGCGAGGGGCCCCGGGCACGGCGCCGUGAACAACGGGGAGUGCAAGGCGCCAUCGCCUACCUCGCCGGUGUUUUGCGAGGAGAGCUGGUGCAGCGGCGACGGGACGCGGCUCCGGGAGUUCGGGGCAGCGCAGCUGCAGCUGCUCCAGCGGCACCUGCGCGCCGCCGUGCUCCACGGCCGGGCGUGCGCCCCGCCUGUGGCGGCGGCCGCGGGCGCGCCUGCCGGCGAGGCUCCGGCGCCGCAGCACGAAGGCGUCGAGUCCUUCGACGGGCGUCACUGGGCCGCGGAGGGGCGCGUCGACAGCUUUGAGAGAAGGCUGGAGGACAUGGGCAUCGAGCUUUUGAAGCGGUUCUCGGCUUUGGAGUUGAGGAUGACCAGUGUUGAGAGGACAACGCGGGAAUCUUCCGUGUGGCGUGAGAAGUGCACAGUGGACGUUGAGGCGGCGCUCGAACGGCUGAGGGAGGUCGGCGAGCUCAAGCGGUGGGCGCGGAGAGGGCACGGACCCGCUUCUUUCGGUGGCAACGCAUGGGAGCCUCGUGUGCCCUCAGAGCCCCAUCUUUCUCG